CAGAGACAAGCUGGUCAGUCACAUUAGAAGGACGACACCAAAACGCCACAUUACAUGUUCAUACCACCAAGAAAACACACAAAGGAUUAUUGACACAACAGUGGACGUCUGUUGGCAAAAAGAAGAGUGGGGGGACAAAUCUUGACCAGCAUACACUGAAUAACUGAGGGAAGACUUGGUCAAGAAGACUCGAUUUAAGGAUUUUGUGAGGGACAUUUUUAUUGACAGUGAUCUAGAGUGAUCAUGGCAUCAACAGGUCUCCAGGUGAUGGGUUUGAUUUUAGCUGGGCUGGGUUGGGUGUGUGGGGCGUUGGUGUGCGCUGCUCCACUGUGGCGUGUGUCAGCCUUCGUAGGUGGGGAGCUAGUGAUCGCCCAGGUGCUGUGGGAGGGGCUGUGGAUGAACUGCCUGUCUCAGACCACAGGUCAUAUCCAAUGCAAGACCUACGACUCCACCUUGGCCCUGCCCAAGUCUGCCCAGGCCGCCCGAGGCCUCAUUGUCCUGUCCUUACUCCUUUGCCUUCUGGCACUCAUAAUUGGGGUGACAGGGGCCAAGUGCACUCACUGCAUGGGUAGCGGAAACAAGGCCCCCAAGGCUCGGCUGGCUAGGAUAGCAGGGGUACUCUUCCUUGUGGCUGGCCUUGCUUACUUGCUACCCAUCUGUUGGACGGCCUAUGCAAUCAUCAGGGACUUCUAUGAUCCAAAUGUUGCAGCGCCCCUUAAGAGAGAGCUGGGACCAGCGCUGUACCUUGGCUGGGGCGCCAGUCUACUGCUCCUGGUCGGGGGUUCGCUGCUGCAUGUCGGCUCUUCUCCACCAGGAGGAAGAGCGCUGCCAGUUUUUGGAAGAGCGGCGAAAGACAACCCGCAGACAGGCGGAGCAGGAGAAGCGAAGCAACAGGAAAAAUCUUUUGUAUGAGGUCGUUUCACUGGACAUGCGAGGUGUGAGCAAACACAGGAGGUCACAACCAUGUCAACAAAAAAGCCUCUGGAAACUGUAAUAAGGCUACACUGUGUUGUGGAUAUGUGAUCUAAUCUAACUGAGAUACAUGCAGAUUUAUAAAUUAACUUGAAGCUCUGUGUUCACGUGGGAGUAGAAAUCAAUUGUUGAAGGAUUACAGAUGUUUACUAAUUGCAUUUCUUAAAUGCCACUCUGCCUCUGCUUGCUUGUGUGUGUGUGUGUGUGGGUGAUAUGUGUACAGAAGGCCAGUGUUCAUAGUACUUGUGUGCAUGCUGGUGUUUUCAGUGAACAUGUGUGGGCAGUGACAGUUGUGCAUGAUUUUAUUUUAUUUUUUAAAUAAUUUAGCAAAUGUACUCCUUAAAAUACAUGAUUUUCUUGUAUUUUCUAUGUAU